AUAUUUGACAAGAUCUUGUGACCCUAUUAAGUGCUAAUUUUGAAUGAAGUGAAUGGUUCAGGCGAUACGGUUUUUUCGCUUCCCUUGUCAGUCCACAACUCAAGAAGUCCGUGACUCUACCUUGCUCAAGCGGAGUGGAACAAACUAGAUUGAUAUAUAAAAUUUGAAUAUGUGCAUAAAACUAUGUACUUUGCUGACGAAAUUGCUGCGCCUUUGAGUAAUCCAUACUUACGUUCGUUUUAUUUAGUUGAUUUGUAUUUCGGAUCUUAGAGCACGUCACACCAUUUACGACUAAAAUGGUCACCCUAGGCCAUCAACAGGAAUCCAGUGAGAAAACAUGUCGGUGCUUGCUUAAUGUCUAGGCAAAACUGAAAAGACGAUUUGAAGUAGUGUUAUGUCUUGAUUAUUGUCUUUUUCCACGAAGGAUGGACGGUAGUGGUCUUGCAAAUUUCUUGCAAAACCCAGAAAAAAACGGUGUUUUGGGUGAGAAAGGGUCGAUUUUGGCAAACCGCUAUUCGUUUCUACUCUGGCAAUUUUGAGCAGGCUGACGGUGUUACCGCGUGCAUCGAAGAUAAAAAGUUUUCAGGAUCCCCAAAAUAACAAGGGAGGAGGAAAAUAAAGAAAGCCCUACGUGAAUGGUAAGCAGAUCUCCUUUAAAGGACUCUCUCGCUCACGUCAACUGCGCAUCAUAAGCAUUUGAGGAACUCUUGGAAAACGUUGUGCAAUCCCCAAAUCAAAGAGAAGACUCGGUUCUAGACCGUCAAUCGAAGCCCCUCAAGUGUCCAGAGGUCGACAGUUGUCUUUUUACAUCAUACCUCGAUAGUGUGUACUACAAAGUUUGGUCAUGUUCCGCGGGGACGUUCCACUUCCCACUCCCGAGCAAUUGAACAAUCCCAGAGCCAAGACCAAUCCGGAGAUUGGAUCUCCAGCUCUUAAAGCUAAGAUCCUUUUGUUUGAACGCCAACACGAUGAGGGAGAAGAUGCCAUGGUGGCCGAAUUCAGAGAGUCCCUGGCGAUAUCCAGGAACAAGUUCCCCUCCUCAGAUUUGGUCAAGGUUCCCUCGGAUCCGUCGCCUGAGUCGGGGAAUCCCGGGGGUAUGAGUCCCUUCAGUGAAUCACCUCCACAGCAUCACGAAUUCGAUCACGACGGUUUGGUUGUGCCCAAGAAGAUCUACAAUCCAUGCAAAGAAUCAAAGAAUGUCAGAAAUCUGAACAAAGAGAUUAAAUGGAAUGCCAAAGCUGGUGUGAAUGUUCUUGGAACCAAGUCUGAAUUGGAGAAGGUCAUGGAGAAGCGAAAUCGUCAAAGGGUGGAAAUCGAGAAGAAAUCCGAGAUCCAAGCCACCAAAACGGACUUCCAAAAGGUGCUCGAGGAGCGAGCCAAGAAAAUUGAAGAUCUCGAAAAGAAGCCGUCCGUUUCCACGGGACGCAAUCUUCAUCCAGGUUCGGAUCCCGAGAGCGGCGACAGUGGCCAUUGUAGUCCCGAGCCCGAAUUCGUUCGCGUCCACGCCCAUCUAAAGCACGCCUCGUCCCGGAGCCCCAGUAGCUCAUCGACGAAUCCCACCACCAAAACGAUCUAGAAUUGACUGACCAAGCCAGUGGCCAUUAUACCUAUUUCAGCUAAAUUUCUUGGACAGAAGAAAUAGUCGACUUCUUCAUUUGAGUCAGUCAGUCAGUCAGUCCGCUGUCAUUCCGUCUGGCCUCCAUCAAAAAUAUGUUUGUGUGUGUGUUCCUUUUAUCUUUAAAUUUUGGCCUUGUCGCAAUGGCUUCUUCUUGAUUUUGUGCGCAACCGAGCAAAAAGAAAGGGAGACGAAAGAAUAGAUAUCAAAACGGCUGUUUGUGAGUCCGUGGUGAAAGUAAUGAGCAAGUGAAGAAGCCAAUGAUCGCUCGAGCGAAAUCGUAUUAUUCUUGCUAUGAUGAUGAAGAAUGCCAUUUGUCGGUUCAUCUACCCCCCAAAGUAAGCGCCAUCUUCAUCGAUCCAAUCAUUCAAGUACAUACUACAUACUACUUCAAUAUGACGAUGCUGAUCCAAAUCUCGGAGAAAAAAGGCUUUGAUGGUGAGGGUUCGAAAGUGGGGGAAAAUUCGUCUGGUCGAAGAUUUUAGAAUGAACGAAAAUGUUAAUCGAUCACCAAUAUAAGAACACAUUCUGUCGGAAUUCUAUUUUCAAUAGUCUUGAAAUAUAACUCGCAUUAUUACGACACAUGA